ACGUGCGAGUGGCCAUGAGUCCCUUUCCAGCAAACCCCUAUAUAUAAAAUGAUUCAUGCUCUCUGUGGUAGUUGUCUCAGCGCUGCUGAGUCCUUAGUCACGAUUAGUGCGAAAACACACGGGCUAAACAUUUUCUAAGUUGCCAUCGAAGCUUCCUUCUUCUUCUGCCUCACCACUGCUACAUGCUCUGGUCCCUUUCAGUUUGUCGCUCUCUAAACUUGCUGCGGUACCUGAGGUUAACGUUGACGAGAGUUCAUUCAUCCACAACAACAAUGGCAGCGGAGGAGUUCAAUAUCUUGCUAGCGACGGAUUCCUACAAGAGCACACACUACAAGCAGUAUCCUCCAAACAUCAGCAAAAUCUACUCCUACUUUGAAUGCAGACGCAAGAAAGGAUCCCAGUUUAAUGAAGUGGUGUUCUUCGGUCUACAGUAUCUGCUGAAGAAAUACCUAACAGGCCCUGUGAUCACAGAGGAGAAGAUUCAGGAAGCCAAACUCUUCUACCAGAUGCACUUCAGACAAGCUGUGUUUGAUGAAGAAGGGUGGAGGCAAAUCCUUGAGAAAUAUGAUGGCCGUCUUCCUAUCCGGAUCAAAGCCAUUCCCGAGGGCAGGAUUGUACCAAGAGGCAACGUGCUCUUCACUGUGGAAAACACUGAUCCACAAUUCUACUGGCUUACCAACUACCUUGAGACCAUGCUGCUCCAGAUGUGGUAUCCCAUCACAGUUGCCACUAUAUCCAGGGAGUUUAAGAAGAUCCUAGCCAAGCACUUGAAGGCCACCACUGGAAGCCUAGAAGGCCUGGACCUGAAGCUGCAUGACUUUGGCUACAGAGGAGUUUCCUCACAGGAGUCUGCAGCAUUAGGAGGAGCAGCUCACCUGGUUAACUUCUGCAGCACAGACACAGUGGCUGGUCUGCUCAUGGCCCAGAGAUAUUAUGGCUGCCCAAUGGCUGGCUUCUCCAUUCCAGCAACAGAGCACAGUACCAUCAUCUCCUGGGGGAGGAACAGGGAGAAGGAUGCAUUUGAGCGAGUCCUGGACCAGUUCUCCUCUGGACCAGUGUCAGUGGUCAGUGACAGCUACGACAUCUUUAACGCCUGUAAACACAUUUGGGGAGACAAACUGAAGGAGCGAGUGAUGGAGCGCAGCCAGGACUCGUGUCUGGUCAUCCGGCCCGACUCAGGGGACCCCGCUGAAACUCUUAUUGAGGUCAUCAAGAUUUUAGGAGAGUCUUUUGGCUGCUCUCUGAACUCUGUAGGAUACAAAGUGCUUCCCUCUUACCUGCGAAUUAUUCAAGGGGAUGGCAUUGAUCUCAAAUCAGUGGAUCAGAUUCUUCAGAAGCUCAGCGAUGAGGGCUGGAGUGCGGAGAAUGUCUUCUUUGGUUGUGGCAGCGCUUUGCUUCAGAAACUCAACAGAGACACACUCAACUGUGCCUUUAAGUGCAGCUACGUGGAGAACAAUGGCAAGGGGAUGGACGUGUACAAGCAGCCGGUGACUGACCCGUCCAAGGUCUCAAAGAGGGGUCGCUUAUCGCUGAGGAGAAACUCUAGCGGCUUCUUAGAGACGAUAGAGGGAGGAGCAGGCAAGCCUGAGGAGGACCUGCUGGUGACCGUUUUCGAGAACGGCAGCCUGGUGCACGACUACUCCCUGGAGGAAAUCAGGAAGAACGCUCGGCUGCGCGAGGAGGAGUUGGCUCCCAUUAUAUACAACCAAGACGCAGAGCUGCGGUGCAAUCACAUCAUCAACGGGAUUCAUUAAGAGCAAAGUCUCCCACCAUGCAUACAAUACUUCAGUGUUUAACUGCCAUGAACACUGCCAUGUUUCAGAAACUCUUUCCGGAGUAGAAACGGAAAAAUACUGAAGGGGAGGGACAUGCUCUGUCUCCCAGCUCCUGUCUCUAACAAGCACUACCACCCCACACCUCUGACCCACUGAUAAUAAUAAUAAUAAUAAUAAUAAUAGGUAGAUGCGUUUCUUUCAUUUCCUAUUCUUAGCCGACACACACACACACACACACACACACACCUCAGUGAGUGGACAGUUAACUCUCUCCUGGCAUUGCCAUGACCAGAAACCAAGCUCAGGGUAUUAAAAAGCCAAGUUAGUUUGUGUGUUUGUUUGUUUGUUUAUCAUGUUUUAAUUGAAGUAUGCAGUUGCUGCUGAACACAACAAAAGUAGUGAAUAAGCCUUUAAAGAUAUUUUAAUCACUAAUCUUCAAUUAUUAUCAGAUCAUUUUUUUUCCAUGUCCAAGUGUCCAAAUACUCCCAAAUUUCCAUUUGUUUUUUAUUAGAGCCGAUGCAGCGUUUUACAUACUAAACUUAACUAUAACUUGUCGUGAAUGAACUGAAUCCAUCAGUGAAUGAAUCCACGCAUCAAUCAGACUUAAUAGAUGAACGAGAAACGCAAACAAACGAAAAUGAAUCACAUUUUGGACAUUUUUCAGUCCAAUUCUCUUGUUGCUGAUUAGUUUUAUUGCAUGUGCUUUCUGCGUGUUAUUCCCACAGUUCAAAGACAAAUCCACUGUCGGUCUGGAUAGAUUGAUUCAUAGAUUCAUAAUAAAUUUGUUAAUAUUCUCUCAACUGAAAUCCAUGCAGGCACAGACAUGUUUUAUUUAUUUUUUUAUCCAAACACUUGAACUGCCGCAUAUGUUGAAGUCUAUAAAACAGGUUUAUUAGAAUUAGAACAACCUGGUAGCAUGACGUGCUUAACUGUGCACUCAACAUGCCUCUGUAGAGAUGCCAGCCUAUUUUCUGUCGACACUGAUGGUAGGAAGACGCCACACGGUGCUUUUUUUUUGGCCGUUUAGCCUCUGGACUUCCACAGAAACAAGUGGUGCUCUGGACUUCCACAGUAAAGGAUGCUCUGAUCUAUCAUGUGUUCACCCCCACCUCAUGUGGGUCCAGUGUGUUGUCUAAUGAUGGUACUACAAUUCAGGUGGCUGUGAGUAUAGUGGCUGUUGCACCUUUAUGAAUGGGAUACAGAACUGGAUAAUCUUUUUUUGUUUUGUGUUAGUUUUGUGAUUUUCAAAUACACAAUGUAAAAAAUAUACUCCUGUGAUCGAAAUGACUUCAUAUUUUAUUUUAUUAACAUGACACAAACCUCCUUCUGAGAUAUGCGUUGACUACAAAUAGUUGAGUGAUGAGAGAGUACUGAGGCCUGAGCAGAGACAUGUACAAUAAAGUGGACAUAGUCUUCCCAUACAGCUUAGAACUGUUAGAUUUGAUUCAGAACAUCAGUAAACAUUCUCCUGAGGAGUUACUGUAAUCAGCAAUGUUGACUUUGUAAGUUACAUUCCCAUUCAAGCACAGCAUGUAUGAGUGGACACCUACGUGCUUUUGUGAAUUUUUGAGUUCAUUUUGCAACCAGAAAGCUUGGUUCACUUUUUAUACACGCUUUAUGGACCUGCGUGUGUCACUUCUGAUGUUUCUAACUGAACAACCAGUCACCUCAGAGUGAGUCAGAUCAUUCUAUUUAUCCACUAGUGUUUGGUACUGUACAGUUUUCUAGUAUCAUCUGCUGUUUGAUGAAUGUUUGUUUCUGCUGAUAAACCUGCCCUCUCCUGUAACUGUACAAUAUGACGCCUUAUCAGCAGAUGAACCUUGGAUUUAUAUUUAUAGACAUUAAAGGAACAUUUCUCCGACAGAUAUUUUCUGAAGUCCACAGCAUUCCACCUGUUUCAUAAUGUUAAAUCAUUAAAGCUGCUGUCAGUUAUGACGUUGUUUGGCUAA